AGGAAAAUAGUGCACUUUCUCCUGCCACUCCUGUGAAAGAUCUGGUGAAAGUUUUAUAUGGAGGGAAAAGGUUUGGUAAUCAUGUGGAUGAAGUUUGGCCUGACCUGUUCAUUGGUGACAUGUCAGUGGCCAAUGAUCGCUACAGUCUGUGGAAGCUGGGAAUCACCCAUGUUCUGAAUGCAGCUCAUGGGAGGAUGCACUGUCAGGGAAGCCAUGACUUCUAUGGAUCCACUGUGGAUUAUUAUGGAGUGCCUGCAGAUGACUCACCAUCCUUUGACCUCUCUCGCUAUUUCUUUCCCUCUGCUGAGUAUAUUCAGAACGCACUGAACACGACAGGCGCUAGGGUUUUUGUCCACUGUGCAGUUGGAGUCAGCAGGUCCGCCUCCCUCGUCCUGGCCUACCUAAUGAUCUAUCACCGUUACACCUUACUAGAGGCCAUCAAUAAGGUCAAAGAGCGCAGGUGGAUUUUCCCAAACACAGGAUUCCUCAAACAGCUUCAAGCUUUGGAUGUGAAACUACGAAAGGUUCUGGUGCACUGCAUCAUGGGAAUGAGCCGGUCAUCGACAUUGGUGUUAGCGUACCUCAUGAUCUACUGUCACCUCCCGCUCAAACGGGCUUUGCAGAAAUUGAUCCAGAAGAGAGCCAUCUACCCCAACAGGAAUUUCCUGGCUUUGCUGCUGGAUCUGGAUCUACAGCUGACCAGAAAAAAGAGGACAUCUCGGACUGUAAAAGCAGAAGUUAAAUAUCCAGACAUGCCCAGAGGCCUCAGUUGCCUGGCGAGUCCUGAGGGGGCAGACGGCAGGUAUGAGACCCCCCCGGCUUCAGAGCUCCAUAGGCUGAUGUGGACAAAGAAAGGGAGCAGCAACCAUCUGGAUGAGGUUCAGCCCAGGAUCUACAUUGGAGACAUGUAUGCAGCCAAAGACAAGAGGACACUCCAGGCUCACCACAUCAGCCAUGUACUUAACGCUGCUGAUGGGAAGUUCAAUGUGAACACGGGGCAGAGCUUCUACAGAGACACCAAAAUCACUUAUCAUGGAGUGGAGGCUUUUGACAUGCCAUCCUUUAACUUGAGUCCCUUCUUUUACCCAGCUGCCAAUUUCAUCAAGAACGCUUUGAGCUCGCCCACAGGUAAAGUCUUUGUCCACUGCGCGAUGGGCCUCAGCCGCUCGUCCACCUUGGUCCUGGCCUAUCUGAUGAUCCAUGAGAACAUGACACUGGUGGAUGCAAUAAAAGCUGUCAGUGCCAACAGAAACAUCUCACCUAAUGAUGGUUUCCUGGAGCAGCUCAGAGAGCUGGACAAACAGCUGCACUGCCAGGGAUCAUCGAGAAGCUGGAGCGUCAAUGGGCGGACAUGAGUCAAAAUCAGUCCAUAAUAAUGGAUUUUUGGCUUUUGAAGCUAUCAACUAAAAAUGUGUAAGAACACGUUUUAAUUGUCUUACAUUUGUAAGAUAAAUUCCAUUUUUUGUGAAAAAAAAAGUACCCUGUAUUAUAUUAAAAGAUAAUCCUGUAACUUCAUCUUUUUAUUGUUAUGAACAAAUACGAUUAAAAGACCAAAACCAAUAAAGAAUUUAUCCCAA